AUGCAGUUCUCUACUCUCUUCGUCAAGGCAGCCCUCCUCUUCUCCCUCCAGACCGUUCUGGCAAACCCCGUCCCCGAAGUCAGCAAUGACAUCACCUUUCGGGACGGCCCUGAAAAUGAUGUCUUCGCUUCUGAAACCGUUCUGGAGAACCUCGCUCUCACCAACGACCAGCAAAAAGCCCUCUCACUGCAUAAUAAAUUUCGAGCUGAAAAGUCCAUUCCAGCUCUCAAAUGGGAUGCGGGGCUCCAUGCUAGUGCUUUGAAAUACGCAAAGAAGCUCGCUGCAAAAAACGGCGGCCUCCAACAUUCUCAGUCGGGAGAAAACUUGUCCAAGGCUCCGAAAUCGAACACUCCUCUUGCUACCGGUACGAGUUAUUGGACCAACGAGAAGAAGAAUUAUCAUGGCGAGAAGAUUCCCCAGGGCAACUUUGCAUCAUAUGGUCACUACACUCAGGUCAUGUGGAAGAACACCAAGAAGGUUGGCAUCGCUUCCGCUAGAGGUGCCAAUGGCUACGACUACAUCGUUGCUCACUACUCGCCUGCUGGAAACGUGGUUGGCCAAAAGCCUUGGUAA